CCUGAUCUCAUUCCAAAGGCGAUCUAUUUGUGUACAGACAAAAGCAUACCACGGACAGGAAUCAAGCCGGGACUGAUCAAGGAGCAGACAAGCCUAUACUCAUUGUGGAUCAGAAGCUUCAUGGACCUGGACGAGAUCCCUCAGUCCUCGGCACUCAAGGAGGCUGGGGAUACAGAGCAGGCGGCGUCGGCGGCAACUGCACCAGUUCAUAGCAUCCAUGAUAGUGCCUCGGAUACUCAUUCUACCCCACAGCAGGGCCAGGACAGCUGUACACAAAUGCAAGCCGAAUCGUCAGGAGGAUGGGAGGAUUGGCAAUCCGGAACUUAUCAUUUGUUCGAGUGUCGAUUCGAUCUGUCCACAAGGGAGAACGACAAUGGGAUCGUUAAAUCCUAUACGACCGGGGAGGCCUUCAAUUCCACCGUGGGACAAAGUCGUCUGCAGAUGGGGAUCCGGGGCGAUGAUCAGAAGAUGACCAAUGGUCGCGAGAACAACUUUUUCAAGGCGCUCAAAUGGUCGCCGGAUGGAACCUGUUUAUUGUCAUCGUCGAACGAUAACUUCCUCCGGAUAUUCGCAUUGCCGGAUGCGACGACCACAACUCCAGAAGAUACCCCAUUAAGCGCUGGAUGUGUGAUCAAGGAAGGCGAGGUCGUGUAUGACAUGUGCUGGUAUCCUGGGAUGAAUAGCGCAGAUCCUGCAACAUGCUGUGUUCUCUCGUCUAGUCGAGACCACCCUAUUCAUUUGUGGGAUGCGUAUUCUGGAGAAUUGCGUUGCUCGUAUACUGUGACUGAUCACUGUGAUGUGAAUGUCGCACCGACCGCGCUUUGCUUCAACCUUGAUGGCUCCAAGAUCUACUGCGGGUCAAACAAUAUGAUCGAGAUCUUUGACACGACACGACCUGGACGCGAUAGUCUAAAGCGGCCAACGGUGCCAACACGAAAGAGCCGGAAGGGUCAAAAGGGUGUCAUCUCCUGUCUGGCCUUCAAUCCGGACCACUCGGAUCUCUACGCUGCAGGAUCCUACCUCAAAACUAUCGGACUCUAUGACGCCCGUGCAGAUGAAUUGUUGAUGCUCCUGCGGGACAGGGGCUCCCCCUUUUCUUCUUCAACUUCUAAUGCAACCAAGACGACGACAACUAUAACCACAAAUAACAAAGAAACAGAGACAGGAACAAGGAGACAGAAAACGGAUAUGGGAGGCGUGACACAAUUGCAGUUCUCGCACGACGGACAGUACCUGUAUUCGGCAUCAAGACAGGAUUCAUGGAUCCGAUGUUGGGAUAUUCGGAAUACAGCGCAGGUGCUGUACCGGUUAGAGCGUCCCGGGGAGGUGACGAAUCAACGGAUUGGGUUUGAUGUGUCGUAUGAUGGCAGGUGGCUCUCGACUGGGGAUAUGAACGGGGAUAUCUCCGUGUUUGAUUUGAGCUGUCCACAGGAUCCGCAGGUUGAGAGGCUGAAGGCGCGGAUUCGAGGGCAUGACGAUGUGGUCUCUGCUGCGAUGUUUCAUCCGAGCGGAGCGAUCCUGGCGACGUGUUCUGGUCAACGCAAAUACGACCUCGCACUGGAUUCUUCUUCUUCCUCAGGCUCAGACUCUUCAGACUCUUCAGACUCCGAGGAUGAUGGCGAGAAGAUGGGAAACGGGGUGUUUAAAGGGCUCAGUGGAGCGUCAAAGGCAGUGGUGAACGUGGUGGAGAACUCUGUUCGAUUGUGGUCCUUGCCAGGAGAGUCGGUGUGGUAUGUGAACGGACAGAGGUGGGGCGAGUCCGGUAUGGGUGCUACGGAUACAGCGGACCCCAGCCCACUGGCCGGCAGUAGUGACGUCGAUGGAACACAGAAGGACUCGACUCCCGUAGGAGCUGCUCCUGUGGAGGCGCAAGACCAGGGCACUUGAUAAGAAAUAAAGAGUAAAGAAGAAUAGGUGUGAAUGAACGCGUCUGAGACCGGCAUAGAUAUGAUGAAGAUAAACGAUUCAAUGACGACAUGUGUCCAUCUGUCUAUUUUGGUAUUCGCAUUCCGCUCUAUCGAUC